AUGAGCGACAACGCAGAGUACAAGGAGGCAUUCGCGCUAUUUGACAAGAAGGGUACCGGUGCUGUCCCACGCGAGACACUGGGUGACCUCCUUCGGGCGCUUGGCCAGAACCCUACACAGGCGGAGGUCCAGGAGCUCGUUGCGGCCGCACCGCGCGACGUCGAUUAUAAGACCUUCUUGUCUAUCUUGAACCGCCCUGAUGGCUUCAAGCCGGCUGGAACACCAGAGGAGUUCAUCCGCGGAUUCCAAGUGUUCGACAAGGAGGGAAACGGAUACAUUGGCGCUGGAGAGCUGAGAUACGUGCUCACACAACUGGGAGAGAAGAUGACGGAUGAGGAAGUUGAUGAGUUGCUUAAAGGUGUUCCUGUCGGCGCCGAUGGAAACGUCAACUACGAAUCCUUCGUUCGCACCAUUCUAAGCCAGUGA